AUGCCUGACCCACUGAAUUCUUCCAGGAAAUACCAGCAAGACUCCCAGCACCUGAGCUCCUGUGAACUUAAAAGAAAAGGCUCCCAGAAAGAUGAUAUCUAUAUUCCCCAGUGUACGUUGGAUGGCAAAUACAGGAAUGUGCAAUGCGCAAAGGAUGGACAAUCCUGUUGGUGUGUCAACAGUGAGGGUGAUGAGGUGCUAGGGAGCAACCGAAAUACAUCAGCAAUUGCCUGCUUGUCCUUCUGCCAGCUCCACCGCAAGCAGAUACUAGUGAGUGGGUAUGUAAACAGCCGCAGCACCUCUUAUAUCCCUCAGUGCAUGCAGACAGGGGAGUAUGAAGUUGUGCAGUGCAAUGCUGACACAGGUCAGUGCUGGUGCGUUGACAGAGAUGGCAUGGAGAUUUAUGGAACACGUCAAAACAAGCGUCCAGAGCACUGUCCCACAAGCUGUGAGAUUCGAGAUCGGCAGGUGCUCCAUGGGUUCGGGAUAAAGUCACCACCGCAGUGUUCCAGAGAUGGGAGCUUCCUUGAUGUCCAGUGCAGGUUUGUCAACACGACAGACAUGACAGUCUUCGACUUGGUCAAUAACUUCAAUAGAUUCCCUGAUGCAUUCCGCACAUUCAGUGUCUUCAGGCAGAGUUUUGCUAAUGUUUCUGGUUACUGUUACUGUGCUGACAGAUUAGGGCGUGAGCUUCAGGGGACUGGUCUGGAGCUACUAUUAGAUGAAAUCUAUGACAGUAUAUUCGCUGGCCCACAGAUUGGACACACAUUUACAGAGACUGGCAUUUACCGGAUCCUGAGAAGGCGAUUUCUUGCUGUGCAAUUGCUGAUUACCGGCAGGUUUAGAUGCCCAACAAGAUGUGAAAUUGAGAGGUUUACAGCAUCUUCAUUAGAUGAUAUCUUCACUCCCUCAUGUGAUGACAAUGGGAACUAUCUGCCCAUCCAAUGUCAGCAGGGGGGUCAAUGCUGGUGCACAGAUUCCAAUGGAGAGGAGCUGCUUGGAACAAGGCAGCAGGGAAGAAAACCUAACUGUGGGAAUAAUGAAAGUUACAGUGAAUCUGAAAGGAAACGUAUGUUGUCAUGGCUUUUCUAUGGACCAUUUGGUCACUUUAGUCAAAGCAAUAUUUUCACUGUGCCUGUAUCUCCACCCCAAGUGCUAGAAAAAAUUGGCAAGGCUCUCAGCCAAUGCAACCCAGAUCUGAAGGAGCUGUUGGUAAAAUCUAGGUUGCUGGUUUCCAUGCUCCAGACUGCAGAAUUAGACACUGGCCAUGUCGAUCUAGAAGUGAUUCUUGGUGAGUUUGUGGAAGAAAUGUUUCUAUAUAAGGACCUUGCACUCACUGCUCUUCAGUUUUCUGCCACUUCCAAAUUUUUUGUUGAAAAUCUGUUCGGAGGCAAGUUUCUGAAAAACGUGGGUCUAUUCAAUUUCACUGGAGGUCUUGGGAGCAUGGGAACUUUUAAUUUCAGUCAGUUCUUCCAGCAGAUUGGCUUAACAGGAAUGUACAGUGGAGGAAACUUUGUGGAACUUGCCAAGUUGUUUUCACCCCUCGAAGACUCUUACUUUUCAAAAGGAACACCAGAAUUCUCCAGGGACACCUUCAACCUGAAUCAAACAAUUUUGGACAGCUUUGGACGGGCAGUUAAUUUACAGGAGAACCAGAAUAUUGUAAAGUUUAUGGCAUCACUUUUUGAGCAACGUAAUGUUCUCAGAACAUUGCAUGAAAUCAUCAGCUUUUUUGAUACAGAUGAUGGCAGUUUAGCCGAAAUCAUCCAGCUAAUUUUAAGAAGUGCUAGAUUAGGCAUCUGUGACUGUCAGCCCUCAAAACUAUUUGCUCCCAGUUGCACUAGAGAUGGACAGUAUGAGGAAGUCCAGUGUCAAGGCUCAUACUGCUGGUGUGUGGAUAAUCAAAGGCUGGAGGUUCCAAACACAAGAAUUCAGGGUCAAAAGCCGCAGUGUUCCACCAUGUGCGAGCAACAACAUAAGAGUUCUAAACUCAUGAAAGAACAGCAGCCAGCUGGAUCUGAUGUGUUUGUUCCUUCGUGUGGAGCGGAUGGUGGUUUUCAGUCCAUGCAAUGUGAUGGGAUGAAUUGUUUCUGUGUGGACCUGCAGGGCAGAAAGACUCCUGGAAUAAGAAAACCAGAUGGAGAAGGCAUGAAGUGCCCCAGUGCUUGCCAGUUGACAGCAGCUGAGAAGUUCAUGCAAACAAUUGAGAUAAUACUGAGAAGCUCAAGUCCAUUUUCAACGCCUGCAGCUUAUAUCCCCCAGUGCAAAGAAAAUGGAGACUGGCGACGUGUCCAAUGUGAUGGCCUACCAUAUCAGGUCAUUGAAUUUUAUCAUCAAUGGAUUUCUCAGAACAAUGGAGGCCAGGAACUGCCAUUCACGACCGUCAUGGAUGAAAUCAUUGGAUACCAUAGAUCAUCUCAUGCGUCCAUCAGUUUUGAGCUGUUUGUGAAGGAACUAUAUGACAAGGGGCAUCAGCAUGUCUUUUCAGUGCUCUCUCAAUAUCCAACUUUUGAUUCUAUUUCUGCUGAUGAUUUUGUAACACUUGUCAACACAGAACCAGGCAUCAAUAUUCUGCUGAACCCUUACACAUUUUGGCAGUUGUUGUUUGGCCUUGUAGAGCACUACCCUCGGCCAUAUUCUGAUUUCAGUCAAGAACCAGGUGACUGGAAACUGCGGAAAUGUUGGUGUGUUGAUGAAAAAGGACAAGAACUGCCAGGAACAAAAGCUGAAAUAAAUCAACGUCCACAAUGUCCAGGAUCCUGUGAUCGUGCUACUAAGCAAGUCUUUCAGUUUAUUGAUGAGGCAGAUGAACUCAUCUUGGCCUCCAACAAUUCCAAAAUUCCUUUUACCCAGGGUUUCCUCUUAGCAAGUGGUAUACACCUGACUGAGAAUGAACUGCUUCAUUUCUCUGAGAAUUCACUGUCGGAUCUUUCCUUUUCUGAGAAGUUGCUGAGUGGAUCUGACUAUGCUGUUCGAUUGGCUGCCCAAUCUACCCUGCAAUUCUACCAGAAAAAUCAGCUGACGAAGGAGAGGAACAUUGGCGAGUCAACUCUAAAAGGUUACAGCCCCUACAUCCCCCAGUGUGACGGGCUUGGAAACUGGGAGCCCAUCCAGUGCUACGAGAGAACUGGUAUGACACCAUGUCAGCACUCUCAAACAAAUGCAGCUCUUGCUGGAUGGAAGCGAAUGGGUCCCCAGCUUAAUACCACUGCUGAGAGUUUAUUCAGUCCAACUUGCACUGAGCUGGGAGAAUACAAUGUCUUGCAGUGGCCAAAUCCUGAGGGUGGCAAAGCCUGGUGCAUUCACCCAUUCACAGCAGAAGUUUUUCAAAUGGCGAUGACAGAUUUGAAUGGGACUCCACAGUGUCCAAGAAGGUGUGACAUUCUGUUCAUUGACACGAUGGAUCAGGAAGUAGGGACAGGGUAUAUCCCAGCUUGUGAAUACUUUGAUGGUUCCUUCUUACCCAUGCAGUGUGAUGAGGCCAAUGAGAAGUGUUGGUGUGUAUUUGCAAAUGGAGAAGAGAUUCCUGAAACACAAGUGAACACAACAACUGGAUUAAAACCUGCCUGUGGACGCCCACAGUGUGCACUACCCUUCAAGGCACUUGAGGUAACAAAUGGCAUUGUCUUAUGUGAUGAUGUGCCCAGUGGCCAGUUUGUGCAGCUUUGCCAGGUGAAAUGUCAUCGAGGCUACCAGAGUGCAUUUGGUAGGAGAAGCUUUGUGUGCAACAUGCAGAAUGGUAGCUGGAUUACAGAAUUCCCACAUCCAGAGUCCUGUCAGAGAAUCCAAAUAUUUCAGGUGGCUCAGGCUCGGACACAAUUUCAGCUCCUCUUGCCUUCUGGGAAAGCCUGUAACAGUGAUUAUUCAGGGUUAUUGAAGGCAUUUAACACCUUCAUCGCAGAUGAUCUGACAGCUAGAGGAUUCUGUCAUCUUCAGGUUUCUGCUCCUGGAGAAACAGUGCUGGUUCCUGUCUGUGAUAAUUCAACUGUGUCAGUUGGAUGUUUAAGCAUGGAACGUUUAAGAGUAAAUGUUACUUGGAAAGUGAACCUUUCAGCUAUCCCAGCAUUCCUUCUCCCUGACAUGCGUGACAUAGAAAAUGCUCUGUUGGGGAAUGGCUUAAUUAAGCGCUUCACUGAACUAAUUAACAGUGGAAACUAUCACCUCAUUUUGGAUUCCAAGCAAUUCCCAGCGGAGGUUUUCACUGAUUUUCCUUUGGACCAAGGCCACAACGUCUCACCCUUUGUGCAGUUUGGAUGCAGAGAUGGCUACCAAAAAUUUUCAGCCGCUCGACGAGAUGACAACAAUGUUAGUGGGUGCAUUGUAUGCCCAGCUGGCAGCUUUUUCCAGGAUGGCAGCUGCAUUCUGUGUCCCCCUGGGUUCUAUCAGGAGACUGCGGGAAACUUGGACUGUUACAAAUGCCCAGCAGGAAGAAAAACGGUAUCUCCUGGAGCUUUUGCAGCCCACCAGUGUUUAACAGAAUGCGAAACCAGUCCCUUGAGUCUGGAGUGUGACCUGCAAGGACAAUACCGAGCAGCUCAACAAGACACCAGUGAAAAGAAAUCUUUCUGUGUCACCGUCACUGGAGUGCGAUUAGUCUGGACUGAGACGAAUGGAACCCUCACUGAUUCAGAUUGUAUUGUAUUCCAACAGUUUGACAGCAUCGAUCAAUCCCAGCUCAUGCUGAACUCUGAAAACACGGAAAUAAUUGAAGUUUUAACAGCUCAGUCUAAUCGCCAGAGGCAUCUUCUAGAUUGUCUCUCAGAAUGUUCUGGAAAUGACAUGUGCAACUUUUUAACAUUGUUCGGCAAAGGAGAACAGUACCAGUGUGAGCUUUACAAUAGCUCAGAAUCUAACUUGCUCUGCAAUACAUUUGGGCGGAGUCACAGUUUCCUGGGGAACUUAGCAACAGUCAGAUACGAAGGGAUCAUUUGCAAGCUCAGAAUCAACAGUAGUGGUGAGGGGAAUCUGACGGUCUACAGGAAGAAGGGUCAAGAAUCCACCACUUCAUUUCACAAGACCUUUGUGCGGACAGAUUAUCGCAAUGUAAAUACAGGUGUAUACAAGGCUAUGGCAUUUUCUGCAGAUGCUUCAAGCUUAACAGAUGUACAUCAUUUCUGUCGGCAGACCUGUGGAAAGGAGCAGUGCUGUGAUGGCUUUGUGUUGAGUCAGUUAUCGCUUGACAGAGGUACCCUCCUCUGUGGUCUGAUCAGUUAUCCAGAUGUACUGCUUUGUAAUGCUAAUGACUGGCAGACAGCAUCCGCACUUGGAGAUGGUGUUUGUAGAGGUGUUAAGUCCAACACACAGAAGAAGGUAUUCAUGUUGAACAUUGGAGAACAGGAGUUCAGUGGCUCUUAUGCAUUCCUAUCAGAAACCUUUGUGGAUGUUGAAUACUCGACUGAACUGACUCCAGACUUGAAGGAAGAAAUUCAGAGAACAUUUAACAGUUUCCAGCAUAUCUAUCUCUGGCGAGAUUCUGACAUGAACGAAAGGCUGAACUCCACCCCUGAAUGUGCUGGAAAAUCUCCACAGGAUCAGCGGACUCCCAAUGUGCCAGAAACCACCAAAGAAUUUUUCUCGCAUCUGGACUCAAAAGUUGUCCAAGUAGAUCGGAAGAAGUCUAUUCCAAACCAACACUACCAGCUUUUCAAGCAUCAGUUUCCAAUUGCACAGGCUGAGCUGUGGUGUCUGCAACGCUGCACAAUGGAGAACUUCUGCAAAAUUGUUUCUCUUCAGGAUGGUGGAGCCCUGCAUUAUGAAUGCAAGCUGUACCCAGACACACAGCUUUGCCAACCCAGUACUGACCCUGAAUCAUCUGCAAUGAACUGCAGCCUUGUCCUGCCUGAGGAACCACAAGUAUUAUACAGAAAGAAAGAUGUGCUAGAAGACAGUGUGAAAAAUUUCUACACCCGCUUGCCAUUUCAUGAACUGCAGGGAAUCUCAAUAAGGAAAUGGCUGAAUGUGACAAGAGGAGCCCAAGCUGGGUUUUUUGAAUGUGAACGUUUAUGUGAUGAAGAUUCCUGUUGCAAAGGCUUUGGGUUUCUGAAAGGACAACACACAACAGGUUCUGGGAUAACUUGCCUUACACUGAAUAGUUUUGGAGUGCAGUAUUGCAGUGAGGAAGUACAGAGCUGGCGUAUUCUGGAAUGUGAAUCAGCUGAUGUGGACCCUCUAAUCUAUCCAUUUGGAUGGUACCAAAAGCCUGUAAGCCAGUGGAAUCAUGUACUCAAUAUGUGCCCUGAAGCUAGCCUUCCGCCACUUCCUCAGAAAGUUGCACUGAAUAAUUGGCAAAUACUGAAGGUGUCUCCAGUCCUUGAUUCAACAAUGACCUCCUUUGAUAUUCUACACAUCAGCAGCAAUACUCCUGUAAUGACUGAAGACUUCAGGAACAAUGCCAGAGACUGGUGCCUGUCAGCUUGUGCCUCCAGUCGUACUUGUGCCACAGUUUCUCUUCAUCCUCAGUUAUCGGGGAUCAGAUGUAUCUUUUACCCUGACACCCACAUCUGUCAACUCAGACUACAAGGUCAUCACUGUCGAAUCCUGCUUAAAGAAGCAGCAGAUGUGGUCUAUCACAGGAAAUUUAUAGGAGGGUCAUGUGCAGGUCGCUGUGGGAACUAUCAACCUGACGAGCCCUGUCAGUGCAACUUAAAAUGCGAGGAUUAUGCAGAUUGCUGUCCUGAUAUUCAUACCUGUAAUGACCCUUUGUUAUUAGAAACCCAACCCCAGUUGACCUCUAUAUUAAUUCCUGGCCAUGGAAUUCUGUUUGGAGAAUCUCAAGUGACCCGUGUUGGUGUGGAAUGGAAGUCUGUAAAUCAUUUCCUGGGUGUUCCAUAUGCAGCUCCGCCCACUGGUGAAGGCCGAUUUAAGGCCCCAGCAUCCUUCAAAUGGACGGGAGAAUGGAACGCUACUUUCUACAGGCCUAGUUGCCUGCAGCCAGGGAAUGCAAAGGCAAUUUACUCAACUGUGGAUGAAGACUGCCUCUAUCUGAACAUUUUUGUACCUAAAAGCAUUAUUGGGAACAUCCCUGUGUUGAUCUUCUUCCACAAUAGUGCAACAGAUUACAAAGACGGGAGACAAAGCAACAUUGAUGGAUCCAAUCUUGCAUCAGCUGGAAAUGUCAUUGUUGUGACAGCAAACUAUAGAGUUGGAGUUUUUGGAUUUUUAAGUGAUGGAACUGAUGCAAUCUCUGGUAACUGGGGCCUUUUGGAUCAGAUGGCUGCAUUACAGUGGCUGCAGAGAAACAUUGGUUACUUUGGAGGAUCUCCAUCAAGUGUCACGAUCGCUGGGGACCGCGGUGAUGCAGAAAUCACCAGUAUGAACCUCGUUGCAGUGACUGGCACCACACUUUUCCAACGAGCCCUACUUCUGGGAGGAUCAGCCCUCUCUCCAAGUGCAGUGAUGAGUAGGAAGAGAGCACAGGAACAAGUAAUCAACCUGGCUAAAGAGGUUGGCUGUCCAACUAAUAACAAGACCAUCCUUUUAUCUUGCCUUCGUAGUCUACCUGCACUAACCCUGAACACUGCCCAAACUAAGCUGUUAUCAAUCAGUGGUCCAUUUCAAGCAUGGGGCCCUGUAGUUGAUGGGAUAUAUCUCCGAGAAACCCCUCUUGCAGCCUUCCACAGCAGACGGUUCCAUGCAGUGGAUUUAAUGAUUGGGAAUGCAGAGGAGGACGGGCUUGUCAGAAGAGCAAAAGCAAUUAAGAAAUUUGAAGAAACUUUUGGAAAGUCAGAAAGUAAGACAGCUUUCUAUCAAGCUCUGAAGAAUGCACUGGGAGGAGAAGCUUCUAAUUCACUCAUCAAGGAUGCAGCAUCCUGGUUCUAUUCACUGCAACAAUCGCUGGUUGACUACUCUGCCUUUUCCAGGGCUUUGGAGAAUGCAACACGGGACUACUUCAUCAUCUGCCCCGUUAUAAAGAUGGCUACUCACUUGUUGAAUAGCACACAAGCCAAUGUCUUCAUGUAUCACGUUCCAGGAAGUCUUUCUCAGCACAGUGCAAGUCUUUCCUCAGAGGCCCAGUUCAUUUUCGGGUUGCCUCUCCGACCCGAGUCAGAACAGGUGUUCACAGUACAAGAGAAAAGUUUGUCACUCACAUUAAUCCAGUACGUUGCCAACUUUGUCAAAUCGGGCAACCCCAACUACCCCUUCUCCUUCUCCAGAAAAUCUGUUGAUGAAACUCUACCACUGUGGCUCAGCUUUUUGGAUAAUAUGGAUGGCAGCAACUACAAAGAAUUUGACAUGUCACUGAAAAAUAAAAAAGGAUUGAAGAAAACGGAGUGCUCAUUCUGGUCUGACUAUGUUCCAAUGCUCCAGGCAUCCUCAGGCAACGUUUCUGAGAAUAAGAUAAGCAAAGUUCAACGUGAGCUAUUGCUCCCACCACCAGUCACACAAAGACACCCACUGCAAGGAAAAGAAACUUAUAAAUAACAUAAAAUGUGUCCAUCACAAAAGACUUCAAACAUUAAUUCUGAUUUACCUUGAAAGAAAAUUAAUAUAAUAUAGGAAAGAAUAGAAAAUAGUGAAA